UGGGGAGGGAAGGGAAGAGCGAGGAAGGGCAGGGCGCUCCGGCCGGCCGGCCGGGCUGUGGGGCCAUGGACAAGCUGAAGCGGGUGCUGAGCGGCCGCGACGCGGAGGAGCCGAGCGGCCUGGCCGAGGUUAUCGACGCGACUUCGUUAGGCUGGGGCACCCGAGUGAAAGGUUUCGUCGCGUGUUUUGCCAUCGGAUGCCUGUGCUCGAUCUUGGGUAGUUGUUUGCUAUGGAUACCAAAGAAAGGGCUGGUACUCUUCGCAGUGUUUUAUACCCUGGGGAAUAUUGCAUCUAUUGGGAGCACUAUGUUUCUUAUGGGACCAAUGAAACAAUUGAAGCGGAUGUUUGAGCCUACGCGUUUGAUCGCUACUAUUGUUAUGCUAUUGUGCCUCAUACUAACACUGUGUUCUGCUUUCUGGUGGCGUAAGGCAGGACUCGCGCUGCUUUUCUGCAUCUUACAGUUUUUUGCCAUGGCAUGGUACAGCAUUUCCUUCAUACCAUAUGCAAGGGAUGCUGUGAAGAAAUGUGUUUCAGUCUGUCUGUCCUAACAGGAAUACUGGAUGCCUCACAAAGUUCUAGGAAGUUCUAGAUAGAACUGUGUUGAGAUUACUGUGUUGUGUAGUUUCCUACUUCUGUCUUGAACGUGCCUUUCAUCUGCUUGUUAGAAGCUCCUUGUGUUACACCCAGCCUCUGCAGUUGCUCGGGUUUGUAAGCAAUGGUGUCUGUGGGACAAGGGCUUGUGAUCAAAUGAAAUACAGUCUGGGAGAAGAACUGGGCAGAGCUCCACUAUUUGGUGGUGGUUCUUGCAUAAAUUCAUGCGUUUGGUUUUGCAAAAUUUCAAAGUAAUGUGUGAAGUCUGUAAAGUGAAGACCUUGACUCUGAUGGGACUGUGUCAGAUCUAGAGUUGAAAGCUGAUUUCUUACCAACAACUUGGGAUUUUUUAAAAUAGCCUUAUGUCAUUUAAUCUUUGCACUGUUUGCCUUGGAUAAUGAAAUAUUGGUAUUCUUUCUUUUCCUGUCUCUCUUGCAAAAUUUUAGGUUUAUGAGACUUCAAAAAGGUGUAAUUCUAAAGGCAAACACGGUUGUGGACUAACCAUGAAAUGUUUGCAUCUUUAAUGAAGUAUUUAAUUCUCAGUCUAUACUGAUAGUCUUUCCUUAAAAUACAUGAAAGGGACACUUUAAUCUGAAAAAAAAAGUUUUCCUGUUGGGAAAGCAUUCAUAAAAUAAGGUGCACUGAUGUUUUUCACUACCAGGAACCUGAAUUUUUGUCCUUGCUAGUUGCAAGGUAGGAAGCUGACAUUUUUCACGUGAAGUGAGGUGCUCCUCUUCUCCUCCAGCUGUAACGUAAGAGCGAUGCAAAGGGCAUGGCAGGCAAUAAAAGAAUUUCUGUAUGUCCUUUCUCAAAGGACAAACUACCGUAAGGUGGAAAUGGGCUAUUGUUUUUAAGCAGCCUGGAUUAGGGAGAAGACAUUUUCUUCUGAACUUGUAAAUAAGUUAAAACUCCAACAUUUUCUUUCUUUGUAAGGGGAAUCAGUUUUCUUUCUGCUAAAACCCUUGCAUGCACGAAAGAACUCUGCAUGGAGGAGAAAGCACAAUAUUCUAUUGCCUGUGGUAGCAAGAAAAACGUUGAAACAAUCCCUGCUGCCAGCUCCAAACAAGUACUGAGCAGUCUGUAUGCAAAUUCCAAGGCCACUCUGUGUUCUCUUUAUCUUCUGAGCUAUAUAUAAUCACUUACUCCCACAGAAUUGCAGUGGUCAGUUUGAUAUCUGAGCACAGAUUCCUGCUUCUGCUGUGUGAGAUGGUGUUUAACUGCUUUCCCCUUUCCUUUUACCAAAAUGUCUUGCUGGAGCCAGUGUUUAAGAUGAUGAUUUUCCAGUGUACUCUAGUGGGAACUGAAGCAUCUCUUUCUCAAUCUUUAAAAGCAUUGCAAGGCAAGUUUAUCCCUGACUUGUACCACAGAGAUUUUAUGUGGGAAAAACCUAGAUCUACUUGGCUGUAAAGUAUAAGCUCACAGUGAAGGCAAAAGUAUGGCUUCCAGAAAAUUACUAAGAAAUUAAUUAAUCCAAAAUCUUAAAUUUAAGUGUCCUUCUGAUGAUUUAUAAAGCUCAGUACCACCCACCUGUAAGGAUCCUCUAAAAAAUAAAGACUUCCUUUUGCAGAUGGUAUGAGAGGAAGAUUUUGGCAAGUGUUCUGUGGAUUCCAGGUGGCCAGAAUUACUGUUGUAAAGGCAUUUCAGUGGAAAAUGCCACCUUGGAAAGAUGGCACUGAUGAUGGGAUGAAUCAGUUAUGCAGAUUCAAGUACUAUGUCCUGGUGCUUUUUUUUGUCUCCCAGGAUUUAGAAGUUAGUGUUGAAAUAAAUAUGUUGACUACUACUCUUCUUGAAAAGAAGAUUUGGUUAAAUGCCCAAGAGAGACUGGGAAUUAAAGAAAACUGAUCCUUCUUUUCCCUGGCUGAUCUAAGACAAGUGUCUAAACUGAUGUGUGUCUUUUUUUAUCAGGGAGUAAGUUCAAAACCUAAUUUACAUCUGUCAAAGGACCUAUGCCAGGCUCUCCUUAGGACUUUGAUAAUGUUUACAGAAUUCCUAUGUAUAAGGGAAAUUGAAAUGCAACCCAAAUGCCUUUUACAUUCCAAUAUUCCUUUAAUUUUAGCACCUCUGAAUGUCCCUGGAAAAAGCUACAAGCACAGUAUCCAUUGUUUCUCCUUCCCUCUCCAGCUAACUUGUGUUAACUCUGAUCAUCAUUCCAGGUUCAGCAGUCACAAUAGCAGAAUUUGACUUUUGGGAUUCUUUUUUUGAUUACUUCAGAUUAGGAGGAGUAAAAGCCUUUUGCUUGUUCCUUGUAGCUUGGGCAGGAUUCUGGUAUCCUGACUCUCUGGCAGUUCUUCUGGAAGAACAGUACAGUUGGGUAUGGUGAACGUUAGUUUUUCAACGUGCAGAGUAGCUAACUAGAACCUUUUAGCUGGCUCUUGUGAGCACAGCCAGUUAGAAGUAGGAAAUUUAUGAAAAUACCAGUAGAUAGCACAUAAAUGGAUUUUUGUCUUUUCCCCCUCUCCUCUCAGUUUAAAGCAUUGAUUCUAGCUUCACAGCCUUUUAUUCAGGGAGAGAGAAGAACAAAUCUUCAUUUGUCUGCACGGCACAUGAGGCUAAGCAAUUGUGCCCUUAGAGGAAGGGAACCCAAGGGGAGAUGGCAAGGAGAUCACAGGAGUGCCACUGGGGUUUAUGUUGCCCUUUGGUGUUCUAUUCUGUUCCUGGGGACAUCAGACAGUAGGAGAGACUUGCUAUAUUCUUGCCAAUUUGUGAAACAUACUCAGGGUUUGUUGCUUCAUCUACAAGCAGUUGUGAUUUAAAAUAGCUCCCCCAGAACAAAACUCUUUAGAUUCUUACUCACUUUUAAGUAGUAGUAGUAGUAGUGAGGCUGUUGGCAAAUGUAACAGCAAAAGAAAUUUCCACUUCACUGAAGUACUUUAUUUUAUAUGAUUUUUUUUACGUAACUGGGGAGGAAACUAUAUGAAUAUUCCCUCUUGAGUAGUUUUCAAUCUAUUAGACUGAAUUAGAAUUAGAUUGUACCACUAUACCUUCUUUUUUGGUCAUUAAGCCUACAUUGUGUUACGUUUUUGACAUCAUCAGCUUUGGUUAUCUGCUUGGCAGGAAGCAUGGUUUGGUGUUUCUGAACCUUUCCAUCUCACUGUCUGUGAGGGCAGGAAUGUUUGUUGUGUACACUCUACCGUGAAUAGAGAGUUUGUGGUUUGAAUCACAAAGCUCCUUCCUUCCGAAAGUCCUUGCUCAGUUGCCUACAGCACCCAACUCAAGGCUGAUUCCUCUAAGGAAACUUCUUUGAUGUUGGGUGCCCACCUCAGUAGGGUUUAGUGUUUUAACAGAAAGUGCUUUUUUGACCACAUUGUCCAUUUUUUUUCCCUAGUUUUCGCUGUACAGAUAACAUAACCUCAACCAAGCAGCCUUAGCAUACAGUUCUAGCAGGAAAUUCGUAUAUCCUGGAUCAGCUGACUUUCCAGCUACAUUAGAAAGGGAAACAGGGCGGGGGUGGUAGUUAUCUCUUCCCAAAGUACUGACACUCAAUACAUUGAAAUAUGGGAUUUUUUUUUUCACUGCUUCAAGGUUUUACUCUGUUUUAUAUGAUGAAGUCCGUUAUGAAUACUGGUACUAUCUGAAAUGGUUCUACACUGAUGAUGUAAACAAUUUCCUCUUGUUUAGUAUUUACAGUAAUAAGAUUGCUCAUGAGCUGUUAAAAAAACCAAGGAAGAUUUUUCUGCCACAAGUUGAAGUUCUAUUCAGAAACCAUGUUUUCGAAAGAAAAGUAUGUUGGGCUCUGUGUGUGCCUCCAACUUCCUGAGAACAGCUCUUGCUUCAUUUUGGUACUUAAUCAUGUUCAUGAAGGUGAGAUCACUGUGCUGCUGUAAACUGAGAAGGAGGAGGAUGUGUAAACACAUUUAUUUUAAAUACUGAUGUUUACAACCAUUGCAAAUACUGACCAAUUUGGAGGGAAAGCACACAAAUGGUUUAUUGUCUUAAAACCACGUGCCUCGCUGUAGUGUGACCACUAAAUUUUUUACCAGCUGUGGAAUUGUUUUGUAAAAUAAAAACCAAACUCAGAAAUUCUCUGCAAUGUUUUGUACUGUUACUGAUUCUGUUUGCUGAUGUGCUUUUUCUAUGUAUUUACACUGUUUGAUUUCUACUUUGAUAAUCAUCUUUUUUUCUGACUUACAACUUUCUCUGUAAUGAAGUGAAACCCUUACAAGUGCUGUUUAUUUCCUUCAAUAAAGUUAUCACUGCAUUAAA